AUGGUCAUGCUUGCUGGGCCACUUCCGGUAGGGAUGCAUGAGCCACUUCCGGUACGGAUGCAUGAGGGGCACAGCCUGCCGGAGACCAUCAUCCACGAGCCACCGACAAUUUCGGAGGAGUUGGAAGAAGAGCUUCAUCGCUUGGGAGCAAGCUCUGACAUCCUCGGUCAUCUUAAGGAGCUAGACAUGGACAUCAUGGACCAGGUGCCAGGGACUGCAGGCCAACUUGAUGGAUCAAUUCGGGUUUCCGCCCUGCGCUGCCUCUCGCACAUGCUACAGGCCUUUGGGUCGGGCCACAGCUACUGGUUCAAGGCAGCUUUCCUGCUUGACCGAAUCGUAGCCAGCAGUACAUUCCGCUUGGAACAGCUGCCACUCACAUGUGCUGUCCUUACGCGGAUUGUCAUGAAGCUGGCUUCUAGCAUGCCACCGCCGUUUGCAAGCAACAGUUGCCCCGCAAUGCACAUGAUCAAAGACUUCGGGACAUGGCUGGAGUCCGCGCAGAACUGCGUUACCGAUCAAGUCUCCGACAUGGCUCUGUGCAUGCAUGAGAAAACAGUUUUGAAGGCGUUGCUAUGGCAGAUUGAGUGCCCCUGCGUGGAACAUUGGAGUUGCCUUUUCUUCACGCGCUUCGGGAUCUUGGCUGGCCGGGACUUUCAGGCCUGGGUCGAUCAGAUGCAGGCAAAGGUCUUGAUGUUUGCGCGCGCCGUGGUGAUGUGCUUCCCUACAGCUCAGCUGAGCCAGGGUCGUCUGGCCUUGGGGCUCUUCAGCCUGAGCUUCGUGGAUGCUGGGAUGGUGCCCGUGGCAAGCCUCAAGCCAUCGACGAAGAGCGUCUCCGAGUGGAAAGCACUUCUCACAGCGACCCAACCAAGAGGUGAGCUGCCAGAGUGCCGUUUGCCGCCCUUCAUGGCGAUGAGGGUCAUGGACAUGAUCUCGUUGGCCGUGAAUGAGGAACCCGAUGCCAUCCGCGCAUCCGCAGGUGUGGUGGCUGAGGCCUUGGGCGAGACAUUUCGGAAGAUUCAGAGCUUCCAAGUGGAGCGACCAUGA